GAAAGUUUGUCCUCCACCUACUAUCAACACUAUGGCGUCGCCUACUCAACAGUUGCCGGCAGGCUGGACUGCUGAAUGGGACGCGUCGAACCAGCGAUACCUGUUCGUUGAAGCGUCGACGGGCCACACACAAUGGGAUCCUCCAGUUGAUCCUGCUCUAAUGGUCGACCAGGCCCCAGCAGUCGCGCCUGUUGCAGGCCACAGCUCGAAACGACGGCAGUAUGCUGCUGGUCAGACUCAAGCUUAUUUCGGUACUACUGGUGCUCCAGACGCGUUAGGCGAUGGUGGAUAUGGUGCUGCAGCACAACAAGCACCUGUUGGUGGCCAAUUCUUCACUCCAGGCUUGGCGGGUGCGGGGGUGCAGCCUCAAGGUCCUGGGCAACCAUACUAUGACAGCAGGCCAGAGUACAUAAAUGCCCCAGAUCAACAUCAGCCGCAACAGACCUUCGUGCCGCCUGGCAUGGGUGCCCUUGCGGAUCAGUUCAGUCAGAUGGGAAUGGGCGGGCAAAAACCGUUCCAGCUAUACACCACCAAUCUUCUAACAUCACCACCAGAUCCUCGAGAGCUGCUCCUUCCUCCUCCUGAGAUCCGACUACCGUCUAAUGCAUCUAUUUCUCCGUCACCAGCGGCCAACGCUGACCCAUCCUACCAACGAUCUACCUUAAAUGUGAUCCCCACGACUUCUUCAGUCCUCAGUAAAUCCAAGAUUCCUCUCGCUUUGGUCAUCACGCCUUAUCGGACCCUCAAUGAAGGUGAAGAACCCGUCCCGGUGGUAACAGAUACAGUCAUUGCUCGGUGUCGGAGAUGCAGGACGUAUAUUAAUCCUUAUGUUCAAUUCAUUGACGGGGGGAAUCGGUGGCGAUGCUGCAUGUGUAAUAUGUCGAACGAGGUGCCCCAAAUGUUCGACUGGGAUCAAGCUAGAAACCAACCAGGUGAUCGAUGGGCCCGCGCCGAACUCAACCAUGGUGUUGUAGAGUUCGUUGCCCCCACGGAAUAUAUGGUCCGACCUCCCCAACCGGCCGUGUACAUAUUCCUUAUCGAUGUCAGCCAUGCAUCGGUCCAAUCCGGCAUGGUGGCCACUGCAACUCGCACCAUUCUUGAAAACCUUGAUCGCAUCCCGGACGAAAAUGGGCGGACGAAAGUGGCCAUCAUAUGUUACGAUGUGUCACUCUACUUCUUCUCCAUCCCUCCCGGCUCUACGGAGUCUUCCAUGCUCGUCGUAUCCGACACUGACGAUGUCUUCUUGCCCAAACCUACUGAUCUUCUUGUGAACCUUGCCGAGGCACGAGCGUCUUUGGAAGCUCUUCUCGGUAGAAUCAACGAUAUGUUCCAAGACAACAGUAUAAUCGGGAGUGCAAUGGGACCAGCCUUACAAGCUGGUUUCAAGUUGAUGGCGCCCAUCGGUGGUAAAAUAAUGGUCCUUUCGGCAAGUCUCCCCAGCGUGGGUCCUGGCGCCCUGAAGAAUCGUGAAGACCCCAAAAUACUUGGUACAGCUAAAGAGUCUGGACUUUUGCAAGCCGCCUCGACAUUCUACAAGAUGUUUGCCAUCGAAUGCUCGCGGGCCCAGGUUUCGAUCGACAUGUUCCUGUUCAGUACUUCGUAUCAAGAUGUUGCGACUUUGGCUUGCCUCCCUCACUACACCUCCGGUCAGACGUACUACUACCCUGCCUUUAAUGCUGGUCGCUCGGAGGAUGCACUCAAGUUUGCUCACGAGUUUGGCGGUGUUCUAGCCAUGCCAAUUAUGUUGGAGGCUGUGAUGCGUGUACGAGCUUCAAGAGGUAUUCGGAUGGCUUCCUUCCACGGCAAUUUCUUUGUGAGGUCGACGGAUCUUCUAGCUAUGCCUGCUGUUCCCCAAGACCAGUCGUAUGCCAUCGAGAUUCAGAUCGAGGAAACGGUCACUUCUCCUUUCGUCGUAUUGCAAACCGCUGUACUGCAUACUACAUGUUAUGGUGAACGCCGGAUCCGUGUUAUAACUACUGCAUUACCUACUACCACUAGCCUCUCUGAAGUAUUUGCAUCCGUGGAUCAGAUUGCUCUUGCUACGUUGUUUGCAAACAAAGCGGUGGAACGAUCUUUGACACACAAACUGGAAGACGCACGGGAUUACCUGUAUCAGCGACUCGUGGAGAUAUUGAUCGCCUACAAAAGCAGCAUGACUGCUGGUGGUGCAGGUGCUAGUGCACAGCUGGCGAUCUCUGAAAAUAUGAAGAUGUUGCCUGUACUCAUCCUUGGAUUGUUGAAGAAUGUUGGUAUACGUCAAAGCGCGCAGAUUCCGCCUGACAUUCGAGCUUAUUCUCAAGCCAUGUUGACGUCCCUGCCUUCGCAAGUUCUCAUUCCCUACAUCUAUCCUGCUUUCUAUUCGUUGCACAACAUGCCUCCCGAGGCCGGCACUGUUGGACCCGAAGGCAUUAUACUACCGCCAGUCCUGCCACUAACGUCUGAGAGACUGGAACGACACGGUCUAUUCCUUAUUGAAGAUGGGCAGACCAUCUUCUUGUGGAUCGGACGGGACGCCGUGCCUCAGUUGGUCAUGGAUGUAUUCGACCUCCCCAAUUAUGAGGUGUUACGAGGCGGAAAGUACACGCUCCCGAUCCUUGAAAACCCAUUUUCGCAACGGGUGAAUGCCAUCAUACAAAAGACGCGUGAGAUGCGACGCGGGGUGUAUUACCCACAUCUGUAUGUCGUGAAAGAGGAUGGGGAACCGCCGUUGAGGCUGUGGGCAUUAAGUGCUUUCAUCCAAGAUAGGCUGGAUGUUCUGCCUAGCUAUCACCAGUUCAUCGGAUCGUUAAAGGAAAAGGUUAAUGGUAACAGUUAUUAAGAGCUCGAAGGCGGGAUAGAGUUCGCCUUUCUACAGACGUAUAUAGGAUGUGCAUAUUAUUCCUUUGUUUUGUUCCUGUGUUCAUCAUGUCGCCACAAUGAGGCCUCGGAAGUUUAAACAGGUCAGACGUAACUGGCAAACUAUUCAAAUAUUCAACAGUCUAGUUGGAGGUCCCACGAUGGUGACAUUAUUAUACUACAGAAUCUCUUUUCCGCACUGUCGUCCUGAUAGCUAUGCGUUCUCAAUGGAAAAGAGGUCAGUCAGUUCUUGUUAGAUUUAACGAGAGAAACAAAAUUUCCGAUAUCAACACAGCCCUUCUCGUAGACCAAAUGAUCCUCGUUGAUAGUUAUAGACAGUGAUUUUUACGUAACUGAAUGCAAUCAAACUUGACUGG